AUGAAUAGAAAUAUCUUGCAUCAUGCUUGUCAAUGGGGAAAUAUAGAGACUGUAAAAUAUGGAAUAUCAAGAGGUGUACCAGUAAAUGUAAAGGACUCACUCGGAAAUACACCACUUCACUAUUGUUGUGGUGAGGGAUAUUUCAAUAUUGUUGCCUUGUUAUUGUAUCAUCCAAAGAUUAAGGUUGAUGUGAAAAAUAAGGAAGGCCACACACCUAGGAGAAGAGCUUAUUUUCAUGGGCAUGAUGAUGUCUUGAUAUUGCUUGAUAAGUUUAUGGGAAACAUUGCUGUACGUGUUUUUAAAAUUUCUAUUUUUGGAAAAUUAAUUUAA